UUCUUUCUGUUUCUGUUUCUCCCUCCCUCUCUCUCUCUCUCUCCCUCCGGGGGCCCAUCUAUAGAUCCAUCGUUAGUGGCGAGGCCAUGGGGCUGGCGGCGGAGCUGGCGGCGCGGCUGAACUGCUCCGAGUACAAGAACUGGCUGAAAGCCGGGCAGGGCUUGCUGCUCCUCCGCGCCGCCCUCCAGCGCUUCGCCGGCGAGCAGGCCCACGCUUUCCACCAGCAGCUGGCCGCUCGCCUCCCCUCGCCGCCUGGAAGCCGCUGCCCCGGGCACUGCCUCCCGAGAGGAAAGCAGUUUCAGCCUGCCUGUACCCUGUGUAAAGAAUGGAAAAAGGAGAUUUUGAAGCAUCACACACACAGGAAUGGGGAGGUGAACUGGGGAAACUGCAGACCUUGGCUCUGGCCUUCUGACUCUUGGGAAAUUGCAAAGGCUUACAUGCCUCCUGGGAAAGCUGAUAGUUGUGGUCCUGACAAGUGUGACGCAUCAGGACUCUUAAACCUUUUUACCUUCUGUGAUUACUUCAGCGACAUUGAUCAAAAGAAGGUCAGAGAGGUGAUUAAGUGCCGCAAUGAACUAAUGCACUCUUCAGAUAUGAAAGUCUCCUCUUCCUGGCUGAAGCAAUUUGGAAACCAUGUUCAAAAUUUGCUAGCUGAGUUUCAGCAUGUUCCCGAGGUCCAAACGGCUGCUACAAGUAUAGAAAAGCUCCUGAAAUCUGAUUGGGCUGUUCAUGUACCAGGGGAAGAUCAGCUUGAUGGACUGGAAGGUGAACUGAGCCCAAGCCAGAUGACUGAAAUAGAGGCAGAGCUGAUCAAAGAGAGACUUCGUGAAAUCAGGCUUUGCAUGGAGGAGCAAGGAACAAUCUCAAAAGAGGAUUUCAACAGAAUACAAGCAGUAAGGGAUUUCAUACACAGCAAUCAUGACCUUCAGAGAAAUUUGCAGGAAGAAAUGCAGAACUUAGAAGACCUAGUACAAAAACUGAACAGUCAAGAACAACUGGCAAAAGAGACAGAAGAAAUACGGUGUGAACAAAAAAGUGAUGAAGGUUGUCUUUCAGAAAAAAGGAAGCGUACAGUAUGAAGACUUGUUACUGUGGAAAGACAAUGCAUUUAUCAUCAAGAGAACUAUUCAAGAGUUCACUUUUUAACAUAAACAAUUCUUAGAAAUUAAGAAAAUAAUUUUUAAGAGGGAUGAGAUAUUAUUGUUGAAUGUUUAUAAUUGUGACAGCACCAAAUGGUGCUUGCUGUGAGGCUGCCCUGAGUCCCCCCUCGGGGGUGAGAAGGGCAGGUUACAAAUACAGGAAAUUAAUAAUAAAUAAAUAAAUGUAUAUAAAAAUUUUAAACAUAAUGUUGCACAUGAAGCAUAGUUUGUGUACACAGAGCUAUCAGAAAGCAAAGGUCAGCCACUCAUGGAGACUAUUUUGGAAUUCUUAAAGAAUAUUCAGUCUGUAUUGUUUUGACUCGGUAAAAAGAUCUGUGAAGAUUCACUUUAUGUGCUGAAAGCUGCACCAGGCUGGAAUUUUUUCAGCCUGGUGCUGAAUUGGGAAAGAACAGACAACACUGAGACAAUAAGUUAUUAAUGUUGCUGAACCAAAAUAACUUCAAUCAAAAAUAAAAUGUGCAUCAUUUUGCUCAGUGAAUAUGCAAAAAAUGAAAUAAUGAACCAUAUAAAUCUUACACCAACUAUGAAUCCUUAUUUUGUUUGGUUCUUCAUAUAGUAAAAAAAGAUAUAUUUAUCCUCUGUAGCUGUUCAUAGGCUCCCUGGUGGUGCAGCGGGUUAAACCGCUGAGCUGCUGAAUAGUUGGUUUGAAUCUUGGGAGUGGGAUGAGUUCUCGCGGUUAGACCCAGCUUCUGCCAACCUAGCAGUUUGAAGACAUACAAAUGUGAGAAGAUCAAUAGGUAUCAUCUUGGCAGGAAGGUAACAGCGCUCCGCGCAGUCAUGCUGGCCACAUAACCUUGGAGGCGUCUAUGGACAACUUUAGCACUUCGGCUUAGAAAUGAGAGAUGAGCACCACUGCCCAGAGUUGGAGACGACUAGACUUAAUGUCAGGGGAAAGUUUUACUUUUAGCUGUUUACAAAAGGUUAAUCUCUUAUUCCAGGUUACUGUUCCAAUAUGCCAAAUGCCUUACUUGUAACCAACUGUUGUCUUUAAUGUAAGGUAGAUGGGAAAGUAACUUGCUUUAUUAAGAGAUGUAAAAUUUUGUAGGAAUGUCUGAGGGAAGAUCAUUAGCGAUAAAAUCCUGUGCAAAUCCCAAUCAACAUUGUGGAACUACUGAAUACAUAAUGCAUGUGAUUGCUCUGUUCGAGAUUUAUGAAAAUAAAAUAGGAGUGAGUUCAA